AAAGAGAAAGUGAUAUUAUAUAUUUAUUAUUAAAUAUAGGUUUGUAAGUGGGAAGAGUGGUGCGAAGAGGAAGUGGAAAUGGCGACGGCAACUUACUUCCCGUGUCCGUCUCCGGCGAGUUUCAAAGGCAGUGAGAUGCCGAUAGCAAGAUUCAGAUGCUGCAGCAGCAGCAGCGGAAACAGCCACAGCGUCUCGCUCAAUACUCGAACGGAGCCCCAACCCGUAACCACAUUCGUCAAAGCGUUUGCUCCCGCCACCGUCGCCAAUCUCGGUCCCGGCUUCGACUUCCUAGGUUGCGCCGUCGACGGGAUGGGGGACAUUGUCUCCGUCAGGGUCGACCCACAGGUUCACCCGGGCGAGAUACGCAUCUCCGACAUCACCGGCCACGCUCCCGACAAGCUCAGCAAAAACCCUCUAUGGAACUGCGCUGGCAUCGCCGCCAUCGAAGUCAUGAAAAUGCUCUCCAUUCGAUCCGUCGGCCUCUCGCUCUCCCUGCAGAAGGGCCUGCCUUUGGGAAGCGGUCUGGGAUCGAGCGCCGCCAGCGCCGCCGCUGCGGCCGUGGCGGUGAACGAGAUGUUUGGGAAGAGAUUAAGCGUGGAGGAUCUUGUUGUGGCGUCGUUGAAAUCGGAAGAGAAGGUUUCGGGGUAUCACGCGGACAACGUGGCCCCAUCGAUCAUGGGGGGUUUCGUGCUGAUUCAGAGCUACGAGCCGCUGCAGUUGAUAGAGCUAAAGUUUCCCGCGGAGAAGGAGCUGUAUUUCGUGCUGGUGAGUCCUGAAUUUGAAGCCCCGACGAAGAAGAUGCGCGCAGCGCUCCCCGGCGAGAUUGGGAUGGCGCACCACGUUUGGAAUUGCAGCCAGGCUGGCGCUCUGGUGGCGGCGGUGUUGAAGGGUGACGUGGUUGGUUUGGGGAAGGCUUUGUCCUCUGACAAGAUCGUUGAGCCCCGGCGUGCCCCCUUAAUUCCCGGCAUGGAGGCUGUUAAGAAGGCUGCCCUUCAGGCUGGGGCCUUUGGCUGUACCAUCAGUGGCGCUGGCCCCACCGCCGUUGCCGUCAUCGAUGAUGAGCCCACCGGACAUGCCAUUGCGCAACACAUGAUUCACGCCUUUCUCAGCCACGGCAAUUUGAAGGCUUCUGCAAAAGUCUUGCAGCUCGAUCGCCUUGGUGCUAGACGCAUUCUAGAUUGAGUUCUAUCUCAGUGUCUUCCUUUCCUAUGAAUCUUUCUCGGCUUUUGUUAUUUGUAGCCAGUGGCGCUGAAUGAAUUGUUUCAUAACUUAAUAUGCUUACCAGAAUCUUGAAGAUUUCAAAAAUUGGAUUUCUUUCACUUCCCCGGACACUACUAGUGCUGGCUCAAGUGUAUCUGAUAAAGGAAAAGCAGCAAUCUGGUGUGGAGGUCUAAAUAAAAAGAGAAACAUAAACCAUGGGAGCUGCAUUUGGGUGGCGACAAUUUAAAUACAUGAAUAAUUACGAAAGAACUGGAUCAGGUCAGUUGUUAUGGCGAGCCCAAAGGCAGGUUUUAGGUUUUCUUUGAUUAUGUUUUCUUUUUCUACCCGCUAAACCUUUUUGUCUUUCUAGUUACUCCUAGUUUCAUUGUGUUAAUCUUGCUUUUCAGUAGCAUGUAAAAUGUUUUUCACUAAUUGUUCUGUAGUACUUAUAUUUGUCAUUUCAAUGUCAAGUUUCCCUUUUUCCUAGUUAAAUCUAAGAAAAA